UUCCUCCUCACCUCUCCUCAAAUGUCACUCUCACACACUCACCGCCCAAUUCUUCAGCUCAAAUGUUUCUUUAAUUUUUUUUUGUUUUGUUUUCCUCAUUGCAACCACCAACCACACGCUCCUCUUCUUCUUGGCCCAAACUCUUCCAACUCCAUCUUCUUCUCCCCAAAGAUCAAUUGCGCAGCCGACGAUCGUCGAUCGAUCGAAUGCGCAAUUGCGGGAUCAUCAGUUUUUGUGGCGGGUUUCUUGAUCCAUAAGUAGCUAAGCUGCUGCCCAUUCCUUUACUUCUUUGCCAAACGCCUCCUCUAGGUGUAGGUGGCGCGUCUCCCUUGUACUUGGAUCCAAAGAGACCGUGUCGUCUCGUCUAGAGUAGGUCUCUAUCUAGGCUCUGAUCUUGAGCCUCAUUCGGAGACCAUGUACUAGGCUCCAUUGCCGAUCUUGUCCUCUCACUCUCACCUGUCCUUGUUGCUCAUGCUCACUCACAGCUCUUCUUGAUCAGUUCAUCAGCUCAUCAGGGUCAACCUUCGGCAGCCAUUGUUGUAGCAGGACAUUUUGCCUUUUUCAUGUAAAGUUGCAGUGUGACCUUGGGCUGGAGCAAGGAAUAUAUCUCCCCAGUUCUUGAUCGCCGGCAAGGUAUAUCGGGAAUUAGAUUCUUCCAGCACAAAAGAUCUUCAGACAAGCAGCGGCGGCGGCGACGAAGGUAGCUUGUUCAGAGAGUGAUCGGACACAAUCCAGGAUGUUCAACAACAUCGUCUCGUCAUGGAACAAGAGGAGGAGAAGCAAAUCGCUCGAUCAACUGAACCCUUGGGUGUACAAGCCGGCAGAGCUAUGGCAUUGGCAGAUGAAGGAGCAGGGGACGGCGGCGGCGGCGCUGCCGCCGCCGCCGGCGAAGAAGAGGAGCAGCUGCUCCAUGGUGUUCACGCUCAAGGAGAUGGAGGAGGCGACCAACAUGUUCAGUGAGAGGAACCUCAUCGGCAAGGGCGGAUUUGGGCGCGUUUACAGAGGAGUUCUGAAAGAUGGACAGAUUGUUGCCAUCAAGAAGAUGGAUCUACCUACAUCGAAACAAGCCGACGGCGAGCGCGAAUUCCGAGUAGAGAUCGACAUCCUGAGCAGGUUAGAUCACCCCAAUCUGGUCACUCUGAUCGGCUAUUGUGCUGACGGCAAGCACCGGUUUGUCGUCUACGAGUUCAUGCCCAAAGGCAACCUGCAAGACAUCCUCAAUGGGAUAGGAGAGGUGAGGAUGGACUGGCCGGUGCGGCUGCGAAUAGCGCUGGGCGCCGCGAGGGGGCUCGCCUACCUCCACUCCACCACCGCUGUCGGCGUCCCCGUCGUCCACCGCGACUUCAAGUCCAGCAACAUCCUCCUCACCGAGCACUUUGAGGCUAAGAUCUCUGACUUCGGGUUGGCCAAGCUGAUGCCGCAGGAUAUCGACCUGUACGCCACCACCAGGGUGCUUGGCACCUUCGGCUACUUCGAUCCGGAGUACGCUCUGACGGGGAAGCUGACGCUGCAGAGCGACGUGUACGCGUUCGGCGUCGUGCUCCUGGAGCUCCUCACGGGGCGGCGCGCCAUCGACCUCAGCCAGGGCACCCCGGAGCAGAACCUCAUCGUGAGGAUGCAGCAGGUGUCCGGCGACCGGAAGCGGCUGCGCAAGGUGGUGGACAGGGACAUGGCGAGGUCGUCCUACACGCCGGAGUCGGUGUCCAUGUUCGCCGGCCUCGCCGCCCGCUGCGUCUGCUUCGAGAGCGCCGGCCGCCCCUCCAUGGCCGACUGCGUCAAGGAGCUCCAGUUCAUCAUGUACGCCAACAUGAAGAUCUGAUCGCUGCAUCCAUUGCCAAUCUUCGUUUGGCUCGUUCAUAUCAAUCAUUUGAUUACUCCGGCGAAGACGAUGGCGGUGGAGAAGAAGAAGAAGAAGAUGAUGAUGAUGAUCUUGGUGUUUGUACAGAAAAUUUUUUGUGGUUUUAUUGCGGAAUUUUCUGCCCAAAGUCCAGAGAAAAAAAGAAAGAGCGGGGGCUUUGUGGUGGUAUAAAAAUUUCUCACAUAUUUGUUCCUGUUGGAAAUGACUCAAGCUGAGGUAGCUAGAGCGAAAUCAUUUUUCUUUCAAAAUUUGACUAAUUAAACUUUGGAACUAUACUUGUGUGGAAAGUGCACACGUUGAAUCUGAA